AUGGCAGCAGCUCGUGCCAUGCUAGAUGACAUCCAUCAAUCUCUGCCCACCCAUGCAGAUGACACCAACACUUACGUACUGGGAAGCAUUAAGCAACAGCGGGUCAUUAUUGCGUGUUUACCAGCAGAACAAUAUGGAACAAAUAGUGCGACAAGUGUAAUCACCAACAUGAAACGAUCUUUCCCAGCAGUUCGUGCCAGUUUGAUGGUCGGGAUUGGUGGUGGUGUUCCAAGCAAGUCCGAUAUUCAUCUGGGUGAUGUCGUCGUCGGAGUAAGGGUGAUGCAGUAUGAUCUUGGGAAAAUCGUUGGAGAUGGGAAGUUCCAGCGAACAGCGAUACCUAGAGCUCCUGAUAUGUUACUCGGGACAGCCGUGUCUGCGCUUCGGGCGAAACAUGAGUUAGGACCUAGUCGAAUCCCGUCUAUCCUACAGCACAGGCUAGGAACAAACGUUUUUUAUGGCCGCCCGAAGGCCCCAGACCGUCUUUUUCUAGCAACAUACGACCACGCAUCCCCGCUAUCCGCCAACUGUGACAAAUGUGAUUAUUCAAAGCUUGUACCACGAAGCAAACGGAGAUCGAACAAUAUUGUGAUUCACUACGGCGCAAUCGCUUCAGGAAAUCAAGUUAUGAGACAUGGGGUCACUCGGGAUAAUGUUGCUCGAGAACUUGACGUUCUCUGUUUCGAAAUGGAGACAGCUGGCUUAAUGGAUAUUCUCCCUUGUCUUCCAAUUCGAGGGAUCUGCGACUACUCUGAUUCCCAUAAGAACAAAGAGUGGCAACGAUAUGCCGCAGCGACUGCGGCUGCAUAUGCCAGGGAAUUGAUCGAGGAGAUACCAAUCACUGAGACGCACAUAAAAGUGAAGUACAUACAGGACGCUCAAUCCCUCAAGUUUGAGCAAAUUGACUCCCGUAAAUUGACCAUCGAAGCAGCGCACGCCAAGACAUGUUGGUGGCUUCUGAGCCAUCCGAGUUACGAAGAAUGGCUCAAUCCCGCGAAGCUCAAACAACAUCAUGGUUUUCUGUGGAUAAGUGGUAAACCAGGCGCCGGCAAAUCGACAAUCAUGAAGUUUGCCUAUUUGAACCUCAAACGCAAGCCCCACUAUAAAAAUGCUGUUACGGCGUCCUUUUUCUUUAAUGCUCGAGGCGAGAGCUUAGAAAAGUCGAUCAGUGGGAUGUAUCGAUCGUUGCUGCUACAGCUACUCGAAGGGUAUCCUGACCUGCAGACAGUUCUAGAUAAUUCAGAAGUUGUCUCGCAAACUCAAAGCGGUUGCCCAUCUCUGAAUAUUCUGAAGGAACUCUUUUGCAAUGCUGUUUCCGCCCUGGGCAACCGCUUAUUUACUUGUUUCGUCGAUGCUCUUGACGAGUGUGAUGAGCAGCAAGUUGUGGAUAUGGUUCAGUGCUUUGAAGAUCUAGCAGAACAAUCCACAGCUAAAGGAGCCGCGUUCCGAGUCUGUUUUUCUAGUCGGCAUUAUCCCUAUAUCGUCAUUCAACGAGGGAUUCGACUUACGCUAGAGGACCAACUAGGACAUACAGAAGACUUGACAGCCUACGUCGCAUCCCGUCUUAUAGUUACGGACGUUUCUCUGAACGAAGAGCUACGAUCUAAAAUUAUCGAGAAGGCUGACGGUGUCUUUUUGUGGGUAGUUUUGGCCGUUAAUAUGCUCAACAAGGAGCAUCGGCGAGGUGGAAUGUCUCUGAGGAGGAGACUCGCAGAAUUACCCAGCGAUUUAAGCGAGCUGUUCAAAAACAUCCUUAACCGUGACAAAGAGAAUAUAGAGGCGCUGUUGCUCUGUGUCAUCUGGAUUCUUUAUGCUGAACGACCUUUGCAGCCAAAUGAGUUUUAUCAUGCUCUAUGGUCAGGUUUGUCACUGAAGGGUCUAGUAGACGACCAAAUUCCAGAUGUCGCUGCUCCUGACUCUAGUGACAAUCUGAACAAAUUCAAGAGAUAUGUCAUUAGCUCCUCAAAAGGGCUUGCUGAGACUACGGAAGCCAAACAACCAACAGUUCAAUUCAUACAUGAAUCUGUUCGCGAUUUCCUGGUCAAAGACAAGGGCUUAUAUGAACUGUGGCCUGAAAUCGGAUAUGAUUGUGCAAGCCUAAGCCAUGAGACGCUAAAGCAAUGUUGCAGCGUUUAUCUGAACCAUAGCCUAGUGCGCCAAUCUGUGAACAGAUUGCCUUCAGAGCCCAAUUCGAGUACACAAUCUGGUAUCUCACAACGGUAUCCAUUCCUGCAGUACGCCAAUCAACACAUUCUCCAUCAUGCCAACGCCGCCGCGAAAGUGUGUCCUCAAGAAAAGUUUCUCUCUGCAUUUAACGUCCCUGACUGGAUUGUCGUUAACAAUCUUUUCGAGAAAUUCAAAAUUCGAAGAUAUACUGCAAACACAAGUUGUUUUUACAUUUUCGCAGAGAAAGGACUAUCUGAGCUCAUUCGUACGAUGGCCCACGAGGACCCACAAGUCUAUAUGCCCCGGGAGAAAUACAAGUAUCCGCUUUUCGCUGCUUUGGCCAGUGGCAGUAGAGACACUGUUGCUGCUGUCUUAAACCUGCCAUCAACUAUCUGCAACGGAGUCGACAUCAUUAGGGGUAUUGAGACCAAGAAAGAUUUCAUAGGAUACGAAUGUCGAACACCCCUUUCUUGGGCUGCCGGGCAUGGUUGUACAGAAAUUGUCAAACUACUCCAAACAGAACAAACCAUCAAUCAAAUGGAUAGGUUGGGGCAUACUCCGCUCACACAGGCCUCAAUAAAUGGUUACGAGGCCAUAGCGAGGCUUCUCAUCGAGAGAGGAGCAGACAUCCACGCUAGCGACAAGAACGGAUGGACAUCGCUUCACUGGGCCUCAAUGAACGGCCACGAGGCGACAGUGAGGCUUCUUAUCGAGAGAGGGGCGGACAUCCACGCUAGCAACGGCAGCGAAGGGACAUUGCUUCACUGGGCCUCAAUGAGGGGCUACGAGUCAAUAGCGAGGCUUCUCAUCGAGGGAGGAGCGGACAUCCACGCUAGCGACACGAACGGAAAGACAUCGCUUCACUGGGCCUCAAUGAACGGCCACGAGGCGACAGUGAGGCUUCUUAUCGAGAGAGGAGCGGACAUCCACGCUAGCAACAGCAGCGAAGGGACAUCGCUUCACUGGGCCUCAAUGAACGGCCACAAGGCGACAGUGAGACUUCUUAUCAAGAGAGGAGCUGACAUCCACGCUAGCGACAAGAACGGAUGGACAUCGCUUCACUGGGCCUCAAUGAACGGCCACGAGGCGACAGUGAGACUUCUUAUUAAGAGAGGAGCUGACAUCCACGCUAGCGACACGAACGGAUGGACAUCGCUUCACUGGGCCUCAAUGAGGGGCUACGAGGCAAUAGCUAGGCUUCUUAUCGAGAGAGGAGCGGACAUCCACGCUAGCGACACGAACGGAAAGACAUCGCUUCAUUGGGCCUCAAUGAACGGCCACAAGGAAGUGGUGAACCUUCUUCUCAAUAGUGGGGCAAUGGUCAACACUGACGUUGGCGCAUGGACACCUAUCCAACAGACUCGAUGGAGACGGCUUCCACCCCUUCACUGGGCCUCAAUGAAUGGUAAUAAGGAUAUAGUGAAGCUUCUCCUCGAGGAAAGAGCAAAUGUUAACGCCAGCGACAACCACGGGUGGACGCCGUUUCACUGGGCCUCCGCAAUGGGCCAUCAGUUGAUAGCGAAGGGCCUUAUUGAAAAAGGAUGA